AUGCAGCAAAAGACAAGGCUAGGUUACCCACGACAUGGGGCAAUUGCUAUUACCCAGAGACACAGUUACGUGCCCGGGCCGAGUGAACUAAAGGAAAGUGACACAGUUGUCGCUGCCCUAACUGUAUCUCAGCUUGUUGUACUUGGAGUUAAAACACGUGGGACUUGCCAAAAGGAGAUAAACGACCUUGCAGGCAGCCAUGCGAGGUCAAAAGCCAUAGCGAAGUCGAAAUCAAUCCGCCUUAGCCCCGAAGGAAGAAAAGACUUCAUUACAGCGGCGAGCAUUGUGAGCGAGAAAGGACACGCGGAUAGGAGAGCCUUGCGCGACACCCUCGACUAUACAUUUAAAGAACCAGCGAGCAAUCCUGUGGCAGGACCGGUUCUCCAAGAGGAACCUACCUCCUCCCAAGACCACUCUAGGCCAAUAUCCUUUACAGCAGGAUUAUCCAACAGGAAUUAG